AUGAGAACUAUAGUUUGGAAUUGUCGGGGUUUGGGGAGACCCCUGACAAUUCACACCUUAAAAGGGAUCUGUAAAUCCCACUCCCCCGAGAUUGUGUUUAUAAGUGAAACAAAGAACCAAUCUCGACAGGUGGAAGCAAAACUUCGGGUAUGCGGCUACGAAAACUGGCAUAUUGUUAACUCGGCAAGAGUGGCAGGAGAACUUGUGCUAGCUUGGAAGGACAGCAUCAGUGUUCAAAUUAUUAGCAGUGAAGAAUUCUUUGUGGCAGCCAAAAUUAAGGAAGUCAUAAGCAGUGAGGUAUGGGCGUUCAUUGGUGUCCAUUUGAGUUGUUCGGAACAAAUUCGAUCCUUACAGUUUGAGGAGCUUACAACAAUGAGCCAAUACCUGGAAGGAAAAGUGGUAAUAGCAGGCGAUUUUAAUGCUAUAACAAGCCAAGCGGAAAAGGUGGGUGGAGGCCAAAAAUCAGCAACCACCAUUGCAACAUUCACUAAUUUUAUUGACAGUAACGAAUUAGUGGAUAUUGGAAUGGUGGGGCGCCCUUUCACGUGGACAAAUCGAAGACAAGGGGAGGAUUUGGUGAAGGAGAGGCUUGACCGCUAUUUAGUUGUGAUGGAAUGGAAGUUGAAGUUUCCGAAUGCAGUGGUGCACAGGCUCACAGAGUCAGGCUCAGAUCAUGCUCCAAUUUUGAUGGAAACCAAACCUCAAUCCUGGCAUAGUAAAAGGCGGUUUAAAUACCAGGAACGUUGGUGUGGAGAAGAGGAUGUCAAGAGAAUUGUCAGUGAAGUGUAG